GCAAUCGCUCCUAAACUCGGCAAUGAGACGGCAAAGGCAGAACUCGGACGUGCGACGUGGAAGUUCUUCCACACUGUCAUGGCUCGGUUUCCAGAAAAGCCAACCGAGGAAGAGAGCAAGACCUUGCGUACCUUCAUCUACGCCUUCCAGCGUGUAUAUCCGUGUGGAGAGUGUGCAGAGCAUUUUGGAGAGUUGCUGAAAAAGUUUCCGCCGCAAACGAGCUCGCGCAAUGCAGCUGCAGGUUGGGCGUGUCAUGUGCAUAACCAGGUGAACAAGCGGUUGAAGAAGGAGAUUUUUGACUGCAACAAUAUCGGAGACUUCUACGACUGUGGUUGUGCGGAAGACGAGAAGGAUGGGAAGGCUGAGAAAAAG